AUGCUCGAGGCAAUUCUUCCGGAGCGCGUUUCCAGCGUUGCUAGGACGGCAGUGACGUACUUCUCUGCGCCAGAGGAAGCCGGUGUCGAGGCCGCCGAGGCGAGCAGCAGUAUUCUCCAUCAGCAGCUCCCAAACGUACUGGACGCGGACACGGUGGUGGAGACGCUGAGGGUGAUGGAGGGUGCACUGGUCUCGUUGCAGCGGCGCCCUUCCAGCUCAGCCGCUGCGGUUUGGUCUUUCAACUGCUUUGCUUACGCCCUAGAGAACAUCAUCUAUGCCAAGCAACUUAUCGGAUUUUCGCCGGUAGAAAGCGUGAACUUCGACGUUAUCACGGCAACUGUGCUGAACUUUGACAAGGAAGUCGGUGAGGACGGUAUGCCCGCCCUACGUCGCGUGGUGGGGAGUCUGCGUGUGCUAGCGCUUGCAGAGCGGCCUGACGUGUCGAGCCGACACCCAUCCAACACGUCUUUGCUGGGCAGCAGUUUUUUCCGGAUCCUUCCCGCGACGGUCGGUAGAAUGCAGCAGCGCAUCGCGGACUCGUGGGGCACUGCUGAGCGGCGCGAGACGUCGCUAGGCGUUCACUGCGCCGGCGCCGUCGAAUCGCUGGCGCGCCUGUUCGUUCUCAGCACGCAGACCCAGGUGACAGAGUUGUGUGGGCAGCAGAUUUUUCAGCUUCUGCUCAUGAGAGGUGUCUCGGCGGCGCUCUUAAAGUUCGUGCUGUCGAUCUGCGCCGAGAGUGCUCCACGCUUUGAGGCUUCGAAGCUGUGCUCUCUGAUGUCUUUCGUCGGCAAACUCCCGUGCACGGGUGAGGUUGGUGACUUCCUGAAAGCGAUUCUGGAUCAUCUUCGCUGCGGACGGCUUUCUCUGCCGGAGCAGCGGCUGGCAGUGGUGGGCUUCUUUAUUGAUUGGUGCCCCAAGGCGAGCACGCACGCCGCCAUGUCGCUGGCGCUUGGUGUGGUGCAGGCCUGCGUACACUGCCUGGCGCAGCUCGCAGCCGCCCCGCGCGCCGGUGGCUUGGAGGCGUUUGCGGAGCACUUCUCUGUCUUGGCGAAGGUCGUGCUGGGGUCGAAAGAGGCGGCGGAGUCGCUUAUUAGCGACAACUGCUGUGCCUCUCUGCUGCAGGUGAUGCUGGCAUCGCUUGAGUUGGGGCAGCUACACACCGCCGUGCUGCUGCGCGACGCCUUUGUGGGGCUGGUGAUGAAAACGAAUCUCUUUUGCGAUGUUCUUCUCGAGCAAAUCGCGUCUGCCACAGAUGCGGACGCGUGGACAUCGAUGGCGACUCCGCUUCUUUCCACGCUAGUGCUGCUGCUACACUCCUGCGGUCGGUACAACCGAGCGUCUUUGCCGCACAACUGCAUCGAACUCUGCCUCUCUCUCAUGCAGGAUGUCGAGAGCCACAGUCAGCGCCCGCCGAUCGAUCGCCACCUGCUCGGGUGCUGUCUCAGCUUGUUGCUGACGCUCGUCAACUACAGUGAUGUGUGGGAACUGGUGGAGCGCACGGUUGGCACGCUGCCGGCCAACGGCGACCACAUUCAGAGCAUGAUAGAUCUUUGCACAGGGGUGCUGCGCUCCAGCGAGAGUCUGGCCAUGGCCGAACGGUACUUUACCGAGCCGGCUGAGUCGAAGGAGCGGUGGUCGGCGCCGUGUUUUGUGCACUUUGGCCCGUUUGCCGUGAUGGAGGAGCCGUAUAUUGAAAUGCUCUACCCAGUGAAGCUGCUGGUCCACAUGGUGGAUACUAUGCUCACGGACCAGCACGCCGAUGCAGCGAGCGGGAUGGAGGCGACGGAGUACCUGAUGCUGCACUCCGGCGUGACAGUGCCGAAUUCGUACGUGGCGGACUUCAUUGCACGCUGGGACCGCUUCACGUGGAUUCGAUGCGUGUCGAACGUGCACGAUCCGCAGCUUCUGCCGCUGUUCUUCACACGCGCCACGACGUUAGCCACCGUCCAGAAGUGUCAGCGUGUGUGGCUGGAGGCGCUUACCGAAAGUGUCGCCACCGGAAAAGAGUCGCUCCACUACAACGACUACAUUCACCUUGGCGAGGGCGGCGGUGCCAAGGGGGUCGUGACAUCCCCUGGUGUUGUGUGGCCGCCGUUGGAUGCGUAUACUGCUGCGAUGUGGGUCUACAUGGAUCCCGUGUCCUCCUCAGGCCGACAUGAGGGGCGUGUGGUGCUGUGGCAGCUAGAAUGGGACGCGAUGGGGCGACACGUGUGCUUAUCCCUCGUGGCGCAUAUCCAGCGCAAGUGCUGCUUGUAUAGAUGCGACUUUGACGGUGAAGUGACGGUGGUCGAGAUGCCCGCGCUGCCGGAGCAGCGGUGGGUUCAUGUGGUCACAUCGCAUGCCCGCGGCACGAUGUUUGCGUCGCAGCUGAAAAUGUACUUUGAUGGGGUGGAGGUGGCUUGCAAAGGGUGCCGUUACCCCGCCGGAGGGCUGCAGACGGCUGCCGCCGUGGCCACAUCCCUCCCGUCCCUGCUGAGCCGCGAGGUGGAAGUCACUAUCGGAUCCCCGCAAGACACCCCAAGCACCCAAGCAACCUUGCGUCUCAUCAGUUUUCAGCUCUACGGGUGCGGUGCCUCACUGCGGCAGAUUAGUUCCCUUUACGCAAUGGGGCCCUAUCCGUCUAGCCAAGUGUGGGACAGUGCAGGACAGCAGGUGUACGACCUGCACGCACCGUGCCUCUGCGACGAGGUCGUGCGGACUGUGGAGGCGUCUCUGCAGAGCGCUUCACUGGAGUCGAUGCUGCGGGAGGAGUGCGUGGUACUCUCCUUUCCUCCCACGAUGGUCCUUGUGCAGGUGCACGCGUUUGCCAUGGAGCAGAUCGACACAUCGUUUGGAUACUUAAACAACAAGCAGUGGGCAUUCCGAAACCUCGCUGAGCCGGCCAUGUCGGUGCUGUGCCUUCACGGGUACUACCGUCCUCCGCGCGACAGCCGCACCACCAGCGUUGACGCGCUUCUGUGUAACGGAGCCUUUUACGAGUGGAUGCGGUGGAUGCGGUGCGUCUCCGCUGGUGUGCUCGACGCAGAGCGAGAGAGGGACUCUGCGGCGGGGACAGACAAUUCUGGUGCCUCGUCGGAGGGAACAGGAGCAGGCUUCGCAGCGGUGCAGCAGACGGCGUGCAGGAUGCUGCGCGUGCUGAAUCUAAUCAAAAAGACGGACAUGCUUCCGCUGAGCUGGCACCGGUUCAUGGUGCAGUUUGCCGAACACGCCACCUGCCACCCGCCGCUAUACCUGCAUCACGCCACCGCCGUCAGACAACUCCUGCAGUUGUGCAUGCAAACGAUACGCUACCGCGACAAGGACGGACAUGCCGUGGAUGGGCAGCUGCUGUCGAACCUGGUGCCGCUGGAACGCAUCUUUUUUAACUGGCGCCUGCUCUCAAAUCUACCAGAUGACUCCUGGAUGGCGAUUAUGACGACGUUGCGGCAGUUGGUGUCGCCGUCGAACGCGUUGGCUGGGUUCAACACAACACGCCUUCUCAGGGCGGACUUCGUCAACGGCUUUGUGUUCGGUCUUCUGCGGGAGUACGUGGCGUUCCCGCGGCUCGUGAUGGCGGUGGAACUGGUGAAGUAUGUGUUGCUCACCAGCCAGGCGACGGAGGAGCUGAUGGAGCGAGUUUUGAUGGCGGCAGUGCUCACCGUGUCAGGCCCGUGCCAAGACGGAGCGAGCAGCACGGUGGAGAGCCACCUGGGCAGCAAGUUGGCCACCACGUCGCGUGUGUACCUCGUGCUGGCGCGGAACAUGCUUCUUCGCUGCCUCAACGAGGUGCUGGAGAUGACGUUGAAUGACGGCAACGGCGCCUUUCUCGCCACGUUCGUCUCGGUUGUGCCGGACUGGUGGUUCACGGCGAUGCUCUCGGGCAGUUCCCAUCCCGUCACCGCGAUACUGACGCUGCGGCUCUUUGUGCUUUGCUCUCUGAACGCGAAGCCUUUCCGUGAAGCGUGCUCGGCGACAAAGGUGGAGUGCAUCUCGAGGGCGAUGGAGCCGCACUGCCACCAACGUGAGCUGAUGGACGUCCUCGUGCAGGGUUACAUGGGCCACUUGUGGGCGCCGAGCUCGUCCCAUGCAGGCUAUAGCACAGCGGGAUGGUGUGGCAAAACAGAACUGGAGGGGCUGCUGGUGCUUAUCCUGCACCUUCUCAAGGCCCACUGCCAGCUGCUGCUGCGCGGCACCCCCGUGGCGUCGGAGGAAGUGACAGUUCGCGGUUACUUCAGUGCUGCAGCCGCUGAGGCCACCAGUGCUGUUGCAGGCAAUACCUCACCAUCAGCUGGCCGUUGGAGACGUGUUCGACUCGCACUUGCAGCGGUGCGCCGCCUGAAAAAAGUUGCCAGCGCAAAGAAGGGGGCGAAGGCUGGCGGUUCUGUGGCGUGCUCUGAGGCGUUUGCGCAGUACACCGCCCCUAUCGACACUCUCAAGCGCUUGGUGUGCGAGGUGCUUGAUUGGCUCACCCAGUCCUACCAUCUCUCGAGAGCGCUCAGCAAGUCCCUCUACCAGAGCAACAACUCGGCCAACUUGUGUGAUUUUCUCAUGUGGCCGGUGCUCGUGGCGGUGUGCUCGAAGGAGCUGAUCGGUGCGCAGCCGAGGGCAAGCGUCGAGUUGCCGAGCAGAGCUCGUACGAAGGAAGACGACGACACGGCAGCGGCCAGCAGCGGGGCUUCUACCGACGUGGACGAGGAGGAAGAGGAGGAGCAAUGGGAGGUGCUGCCAGACCCCACGACGUAUGAGGCGCGCAGCUUCGGUUUGGACUCGAUGGGCCCAGCGGAGGGAAUGGAGAAGAUGUACGACGCGUGCAUGAUGUUCUUCCUCACGCAUGCCGGGUCACGGGCGUCGAACACCAGCUUUCUCACCAUUGCGGGAGGCCGCACGACCAUGAGCAAGUACGUGCUGUCUCUUCACCGCGCGCUGUCGGCAGAGGUCAAGGGCGCCGGCAACCAUGCUGAGGACGCUCGAAAGGCGUUCCUCUGCUUUGUGUGGCUCAAGGCGUCGGAGCAGGCGGUUGGCGGCGCGUCCGACGGCAGCGCUGCGGCGGUGAAGCGCAACGCCAUCGAGCUUGGCAAGUACAUGCUGGACCGCCUUGUCAGCGGAGGCGCCGUUCCGCCGGCGGCGAUCGCAGCCUUCUACCGAUUUUUGCUGGCUAGGUUGGAGUGUGACGCCAUCGUGGUGAAGAGUGUGCGCACGGCGCUGUUUGAGUGGUUCAUGUACGUGACGAGUGCCUCCUUUUACAAGCUAGACGCUUCCAAGGUUGGUGUAGUUGUGGACAUGGCCUACAGCUGCGCUGACAUGCUCCUCUCUUACCCGAUGCCGGCGAUGGAGCUGCUGAAGGUCGUCGUUGGCAGGCUGCUUCAGGUGACGGUGUGCCUGUGGAACAGCAUCGUCGACGACAGCCACCCCGCCAUUCGAAAAAUGGCAGUGGUGUGGAAGGCAGUGCUGUGCGCGAAUGAAAAGAACACCUUUGUGGCCUCCCUCUUUGUGUGCGGUUCACCGGCGGUGGACACAUUCCACGGCGGCUUCGAUCUACUGCUGCCACCCAUCGCGUCUCCAGAGGCGUUUACGAUUUGGAUGCGGCAGCACCGCGCCGAGGUUGCGCAGCUGCUUCAGUCUUAUAUUGGACUCUCGUACGCCUUCGUCAUGGCAAACGGCGGCGAGCACCUGCGGCUGAUCACGCGCCACACGACCUCCUCCCUCGCCGAGUGGGACCGGCGCCGACGUCAUGUGGCAGCCAUGGUGGCUGCGCACUGGCAGCUGUGGAAGGACACCUUUCUGACGGCUACCUUUGUCGACCCGGCACUUCUCGCGUGCACUGUGAGCCGGUACCCGUACUACUAUGUUUUCAACGGCGGUGGCGCCGCUGUCGAUGCCGAGGAUGCUGUGUGCUGCGAGUGGUCGAUGAAUGACAACGGAACUGUUGGUCAAACUCGCCGCUACGUGACGGAGAACGUGGACGAGGUUGCCAGUGACCCGCUCAGCUUUUACAUCCGCUACGCGCCGCCUGUAUGCUUGCCUCUGCGGCGGCAGGAAGCGCAAAGUUCAGCGUUGAUGCUGCGCCCCAACGCUCGCGCGGUGGUGGAAAAGGUGGCCGGCCAUGGAUCGAGCGGUUCGAUUGUGUUUGUGAGCAACGCCUACCUUGUGCUGGGCACGGAGAGCUAUAUCAGCACCUGCAUUCUUACGCGGCAAGAGCUGCUUGUGGUUACCUGCAGCGUGGUCACGCCGGCAGGCGAUUUUUUUGCGGAGCAGGUGCGAGUGCACACCGCCUCGCAGCAUUCCCACGCCAAGCCGUCUCUACUGCAGCAGGCCUUUCGGCUCUUCAUUUCGGGACAAGGCAAAGGUAGCGGGAGUACAUCGUCGCAGGCCGCCUUCCGCUACUCGCAGUACUACCGCCAGUUGCAAACCGAAUCUGCGAAGGGAAGCAACGCACUGGUGUGGCGGUUCCCACUCGGCAGUAUCACAUCCGUACAUCAGCGCCUCUUUCAGCACCUCUCGGCCGGGCUGGAGGUGGUGCUGGAGUCAGGCAAGUGCGUCUUUCUCGUACUAUUGGAUGACGAGCUGUCCUUCUCAAAGGCGACCCGUGACAGGCUCUUCGCAUAUUUCGACAGCGACACCGACCCUCUCAUGUCCGGCAUCGCUGCACACUCGAUGAGCGAGAAGCUGGCAAAGUUGGGCAUCUGGACGCGGCGGUGGGUGCGGCGGGAGUGCAGCAACUACAUGUACCUGCGCGUUUUAAACGACGCGGCGUCGCGGACGACGGCGAACCUAGGCCAGUAUCCGGUGAUGCCGUGGGUUCUGAGUCGAUACACGGAAAGCACGCUCGACCUUGGGGAUGCCAGCGCUUACCGCGAUCUCACCAAGCCAGUAGGGGCGCUGGAUGAGUUGAAGGCAAAACAGCUGCAGGCGCGCUACGCGGAGUGGAUCGCUUGCGACCCAGUGGCGGACCAGCCGUACCACUACGGCACGCAUUACAGCACCGCCGCUAUUGUGCUGUACUACCUCAUUCGCCUACAGCCGUUCACGUCUCGCGCCAUUCGCUUCCAGGGCGGCAGGCUGGACAUUGCCGACCGGCUGUUUCACAGCGUCGCAGAGGCGUGGGCAAACGGCAGUGGGCGCAGCAGGGGGGAUGUCAAGGAGCUCAUUCCCGAGUUCUUUCGCGUUUCCGAUUUCCUGGAAAACCGUAACGAUGUGUGCCUCGGCACCCGCAGCGACGGCGCUGCGCUGGGCGAUGUUGUGCUGCCACCGUGGUGUGGUGGGAGCGCUGUGCGGUUUGUGUAUAUGAAUGCGCUGUCUCUCGAGAGCGAAACCGUGAGCCAACAGCUGCACCGGUGGAUCGACCUUAUCUUUGGCUGCAAGCAGGUCGGGCAAGGGGCCGUGGAGGCGAUCAACGUGUUCAGUCCUCUGUCGUACAAGGAGGGAGUGGUUCGUGCUAUAAACCACGCCGCCACGGAGGAGGAGCGCAAGUCGAUUGUCGCUUCUGCCGACAACUUCGGCCAGACGCCGCUUCAGCUGUUCAGUAAAGACGGACACCCGGCCCGUAAAGAUGCGCAGCGGGUGCGCACUACACAAGCGUGCAUGUUGGAGGCCGUGACGGACAUCAUGUCACGACCGUGCUUGAGUGCGCAGGUCGUGGGAAAGACCGAAGGCGGCAUCUCAACAGUUUUCGUUGCCGAUGACACGCUUUUUCUAUGCGACAGAUUGAGUGCCGUUGGCUCGGCAAAGCCGCUGCUCCUCUUCACCUACGAUCGAGACGUAGACAACAUUGCCUGCACCGCGGCACGAGGGGACCGCGUGUUGGCGACGAUACAGAAGGUGCGAUCGUCGGGCAGCGGCUGCGUCCGUUGCCUGUGCGCCUCUGUGCGUGGCAGUGUCGUGUGCGUGGGCACAGACUCUGGAAAGGUGAUCGUGUACAGUCGCGAGAGUUGUCGGCAUCGCUUCUUCAUUGUCGCCGUGCUGGACUCCACUAUUGCUGCAGUGCUACUUGAGGGAGGCCCGGUGUCGAGUCUGCACCUCUUCGACGAAGGCAACUUGCUAGUGGCGUACGAGCGGGUGUCGGCGGUGUCUGGCUGGCAUCUCUCUGCCUUAUCCACCACCUUCACCUUCGCCGCGUCCUUUGCCACCCAAGCCGACAGCACUGCCGUGAAGGCCAUUUCCACGGACAGCCACACGGGCCUGUACUACGCCGCCAAAGCAAACUCCCUUGUCAUAUUCUCUGCCUCUGGUGUGAUGCUCACACAGCUGAAGAUGGACGCACUCCUCAUGUCGGCCGCUCCCGAGUACGCGGCGCGGAUAGGCGACUCGUGCAUCACAGCGCUGCUGUUCGCGAACUGCUCCUCCUUCGCGUUCACGAAUCUGGUCCUCAUGGGGCAUUUCAACGGCACAGUUUCCCUGUGGUGCGUGGCGGCUUCCCAGACCAUUACAGGCGAGACACCGUCUUCCGAGGCGCCGCUCUGGUCUUUCCGGUUUCUGCACCAGGUUGCCUUUGAUGCCCCCAUCACGUGCCUCGCGGCGUCUGCCGAGGAGCUCAGCUUUGUGGUGGGGCUCGCUAACCAUACUGCACACUACAUGUCGUUUCCCACAUCGCAGCUCGACAGCCCAUAG